AGUUCCAGAAACUACCCAAGUAGAAGUCUGCAGUCAAGCCGGUUUGUCGACUCCUUCCAACGCUCCUUCCAGUAUUUUAAGAUAAACUAACAAUAAUGUCAAACCCAGCACCCGAUAACAGGCCUUCGAACCCAGACAACCCUCGGGUUUUCUUUGAUGUAGAUAUCGGUGGCGAACGAGUUGGUCGAAUCGUUUUCGAGGUCUUCGCCGACAUCGUUCCUAAGACUGCCGAAAACUUCCGCGCUCUGUGCACUGGUGAGAAAGGUAGUGGCACAAGCACCGGGAAGCCUCUGCAUUUCAAAGGAUGUCCGUUUCACCGGAUCAUCAAGAAGUUCAUGAUCCAGGGAGGAGACUUCUCCAACCAGGACGGCACUGGCGGAGAGAGCAUCUAUGGAGAAAAGUUUGAGGAUGAAAACUUCCACUACCAGCAUGACAAACCUGGGCUUCUUAGCAUGGCCAACGCUGGCCCCAACACCAACGGCUCCCAGUUCUUCGUGACGACAGUGGCCACACCGCACCUGGACAACAAGCACGUGGUGUUUGGCCAGGUGCUGAAGGGGUUUGGCUUGGUGAAGAUGCUGGAAUUGGUGGACACCGUGGAGGACGCUCCGGUCAAGCCGUGCGUUAUUGGUGAUUGUGGGGAGCACAAGGAGGGGGACGGCUGGGGAGUCGCUCCGAACGACGGCUCUGGAGAUGCCCACCCAGACUUUCCGGAAGAUUCUGAUGUGGACUUUAAAGAUGCUGAAAAAGUCCAUGCCGUAGCUGAAGACGUGAAGAACAUCGGAAACAACUUCUUCAAAACCCAGAAGUGGGAGUCUGCCAUGAAGAAGUACUCCAAAGCGCUCAGGUACCUGGAGGUGUGUGAGGACACGGGCCCCCAGAAGAAUCUGACGGCCACGGCCCUGAGCUGCAUGCUCAAUACCGCAGCCUGCCAGCUCAAGCUGGAGCAGUGGCAGGACGCAAUAGACAACUGCAAUGAGGCUCUGGAGCUGGAUGAGACCAACACUAAAGCUCUGUUCAGGAGAGCGCAAGCCUGGCAGAGCCUGAAGGAGUUUAACAACGCCAUGACUGAUUUGAAAAAAGCACAGGAAAUUGCUCCCAAUGACAAAGCCAUCUCCAACGAGAUGCAGCGCAUCAAGCAGAGAGUAAAGGAUGAGAAGGACAAAGAGAAGAAGCUGUUCUCCAAGAUGUUCGCUUGAGGAAACUGGGAGUAGAACUCUCGCUCACUCGCUGCUCAUCACUCCAACGUCUCAGACUUGAACCACACCUUGUUCAUGAGUUUCUUUUGAUCGGUUAGCAUACGUCAGAGUGUAGCGAUAUGUAACUAUGGAGAGAGCAGCUCCGUGCUCGGUUUUCUGACACAUGAAAAUAGACUGACUGAGCUAACAAAGCACGCACACCCACCCUCUGAACAAUUCAGACCUUAAGUGCAUUCAUGUAUUUAUUUAAUUUGAAAUCGUAUUUUUUGGUUGGGGGUUGUGUGUCACAUAAGUUAAUGGUUUGUGUUAACUUGCUUGCCAGAAGACCACUGUUGACCUUUGUAAAAAACACAAUAAAAUGUGAUACACAAUGUGA